GAGGACGAUGGCCGUGAGGAUGAUGAGGACAACAAUCUGCAUGAGGGUUUGCAGUCAUCUCGCUGGCCUUCGCCAGUUUAUUCUGAGGACGAUAACAUUGAGAACAACAAUGUCAACGAGGAAGGUGAUGGCGACGGCAAUGGCAGUGGCAAUGACGACGAGGACAAGGAAGAGAGGGACGAUGAAGAAGCCGAAGAGGAGCAAAAUGACGGUGAUGACUUUGACGACAAUGAUUAUGGCUACGACAGGGAAGACAAUGCCAAUGAAGACCAAGACGAGGGCGACUACAACGACGAGGACGAUGACGGCGACUAGGACGACAAUGUGCAGGAGGUUCCGUAGCCGUCUCGCAGGCCUCUGUGGGUUCAUUCCUUUUCAGUAGUUCUAUUGUUAAUUCACUCCUUUUUUUCUCCUCCAUAAAAUGACAAUGGUGUGCAAGUACCCUAUUUAUAUCACGAAUUUGAUUGGAUUUCACUAGUUAAUCUGUUCCGAUUCAGUGUAUGCAUCUCAUUAUGUCGAGAGGUCCCCUGUAGAUGCAUGCUUCAUGAAUCUGUCUUUGCUGAUAUU